AGAGAGACACAGAGACAGGGAGAAGGAGAGAGAGACAGAGCACCUAGGAACGCCUGUUUUGCCAGGAUGAAAUACAUUUGAACACCAGGAAGUUCAAUUCUGACUGAAACUACAGACCCAUGAAUUAAAAAUGAGUCCAGAAUUUGGGAAGAAACAAAGCCUCCACUCCAGCCAGUUUUAGAAGCAGCUUCGAUGAAUACAGAAAAGCAGCUGGCAACUCAGCCACAGCACCAGGGAAGAGACGGCCGUGAGUGCACCAUCAGCUGCAGCUAACAAAGCCUGCAAGCUCUGUUAUUCUUGGGCCUCCUAAGAGUUGCUCCAGCCAGGAUAGAGACUCUGCCCUGCUUUAGCUCAGAAAUAUCCACUCUCGUGAUGUUUUCCUGAGGUUGUCCUGUCAUAGGCCAACACUUCCUGUCUCUUCUGCCAUCUGGCCCAAAUAGCCAGCCACUGGACUGAAUAUUGGACCAAAACAUAGAACACGCUUUGAGAGUCAUGGAGACUAUCCAUCUUCCCUGUUUUAGAGGAGACCAAGCUCUUCUUCUUCUUCUUCUUCUUCUCCUUCUUUUUUUUUUUUUUUUUUUUGAGAUGGAGUUUCGCUCUUGUUGCUCAAGCUGGAGUUCAACGGCGCGAUCUUGGCUCACUGCAACCUACACCUCUCAAGUUCAAGCGAUUAUCCUGCCUCAGCCUCCCAAGUAGCUCGGAUUACAGGUUGCCAGGAUACAUCCAGGCAACAAAGACUGCGGUUCCUGUUACUCAGCAGCCUCAAAAACUCACACCAGCUCCUGCAAGGAAUGUGAAUCUUGGAGCUCCCAGCUAUUCUGUUCCUGUUUCCGUCAGCUCCUUCCCUGAAAACUCAGAGGUGCUCAGCAUGCCAUGCUAAAAGGCAAAAUAAAAAGAGAGACACCUUCUAAUGCCAAGAUGGUUUUUGGAUUUCCACGGUUAUUACAUUCAUCUUUGUGUGUUUGUCUCUCCCUUCCCAUGAACCCUGAAGAGAAUGGAAAAAUGGCAUCAUGUUGAUAAAAGAUCUUGGAGACAUCUCAGCUUUAAUGAGGACUUUCCAACAUUCCAGACUGCCAUCCUGCAAUGAAGCUCUGAGUCACGGUCUGUGAGGCUAAGGUACUGGCAACGGUGUGAACCCCAGGACAACUAACCUCACUAACCUUCACUCUAAGCAGAAGCCCAAAGUGAGUCUGGCCUGAAAUCAGAGCAAGCACUACAGAAAGACAUCUUUGUUAAUGGAAAGAGGAAAGAAGAAAAGAAUUUCCAAUAAGUUACAACAAACUUUUCACCAUUCUAAAGAACCCACUUUCCUUAUCAACCAAGCUGGGCUUCUCUCUAGUGACUCCUAUUCUAGCCUUUCGCCAGAAACAGAGAGUGUUAAUCCUGGUGAAAAGAUAAAGACAGACACUCAGAAAAAGAGGCCUGGGACUGUGAUACUAUCAAAACUGUCAAGUAGAAGAAUUAUAUCGGAAAGUCAGCUUAGCCCCCCUGUGAUCCCGGCCCGCAGGCCUGGAUUCCGGGUAUGCUAUAUCUGUGGCCGAGAAUUUGGGUCCCAGUCAAUUGCCAUUCAUGAACCCCAGUGCUUGCAGAAGCGGCAUAUUGAAAACAGCAAGUUGCCCAAGCACUUGAGGAGGCCAGAACCCUCCAAACCACAGUCUCUCAGCAGCAGUGGGUCCUACAGUCUUCAGGCAACUAAUGAGGCUGCAUUUCAGAGUGCCCAGGCUCAGCUGCUGCCCUGUGAAUCCUGUGGCCUCACGUUCUUGCCAGAUCAUCUUCUUGUUCAUCACAGAAGCUGCAAGCCAAAGGGUGAGGGUCCCAGAGCACCACACUCUAACAGUUCUGAUCAUCUUACUGGCCUCAAGAAAGCUUGUAGUGGAACCCCAGCCCGACCAAGGACUAUUAUCUGCUACAUAUGUGGUAAGGAAUUUGGCACCCUGUCCCUUCCUAUUCAUGAGCCCAAAUGCCUGGAAAAGUGGAAAAUAGAAAAUGACCGGCUCCCUGUGGACCUCCAUCGGCCACUCCCACAGAAGCCUCAGCCCCUUCCGAAUGCUCAGUCCAGCCAAGCGGGACCAAAUCAAGCUCAGCUUGUGUCCUGCCCACAUUGUAGCCGAAUCUUUACCUCAGACUGCCUUCUGGUACACCAGAGAAGUUGUAAAACUCAUCCUCAUGGGCCAAAAUAUCAGAAUUUGACUUUAGGGAGUAAAGGAGGCCUAAAAGAGUCCACUAAUUCCAAGCAGCAAAGGAACAGGGCAGCACCCAGUGUAACUGAUAAGGUAAUUCAUGCCACACAAGACGCAUUAGGUGAAUCUGGUGGUGCCCUCUGCCUGUAGGGGAACAAGAGAAAACUAUCCCCAGAAUCAGCCACCUCAGCCCCUAGUAUUUUUUCUAUCAAUGCCUUGUAUCAGCCUCAAAGCAGCCUGUUCAAGUUAACUCCCUGUUGAACUCCAGGGCCUAUACCUCUCUUGGCUGAAUAGAUAUAAGAACAUCCUUGCCUGAUGGGUUCAUAUUCCUCUUCAAUUCUACUGUCUAAAAGAAGAAGAGAUGGACUUCUUUCUUCCCUGAUCCCUGAUACAAAUAAUCCCUGGAAGAGACUGUAAUUUGAAAAUGAGUCAUUAAUGCUGUGUCUACAUUACAGAGAUAUAAUUCCCAUUCCAACAGCCAAUAUUUAUUGCCGGUUUAUUUUAGUCAUCUACCUUAGGAAUUCAUUUUUGGCAAUGCUGGGUUAUGCUGAGUUUAUCUUACUAAAAUAGAAUCUGUGUCAAAAACCCCAAAUGACUUUAGCAACAAUUAAACACUGAAGCACUUGCAAAAAUACACAUGGUCUGUAAAUACAGCAUAUUUUUUCUUUUGACACGUACAUGGUUGUAGUAAGUAGGAAAUUAACCCCAGUGUAGACACUGAAGCAACUAGGUUAUAUUCUGGGAGGUGCUUGGUUCCUGCUGCUGCUCUGUGCCCUGUGUUCAGGCUGAAGACAAGGCCCUGACCACCCCCCCACUUGGGCCAUUCUGAAUAAGCAUGACCCCAGGAACCCCCAGCUUGAAUGGCAAAGAGUUUUUAGGGUUUUAUCUAAAGUUUCACCACGGGCAAGGAUUGGAGAGAGAUGCUUACGAGGGUGGCUACCUGCAAGAUAGGGCCUGGUCCAUGUUCUUUGUCCGUUAAACCAGAUUGUGGAUGUUUUGUCUUGUGUCAACCUUACAGAAUAUCAAAUUAUGAGAAACAGGAAGUGGUAAAAGUCUUUUUUCCAUGGCUUGCUACUUGAAAAGCCCAGCCUGCCGAGAUAAAGAAUUCUUAAGAAAACUAAGAUUAGGCCAGGUGUGGUGGUUCAUGCCUGUAAUCCCAGCACUUGGGGAUAAUGUAAAGCCCAGCCUGCAGGGAUAAUGGAUUCUUAAGAAAACUAAGAUUAGGCCGGGUGUGGUGGUUCAUGCCUGUAAUCCCAGCACUUUGGGAGGCCAACUCCCGAGGUCAGCAGUUCAAGAUCACCUUGACCAAUAUGUCUCUACUAAAAAUAGAAAAAUUAGCUGGGCAUGACUGUAGUCCCAGCUACUCAGGAGGCUGAGACAGGAGAAUUGCUCGAACCCAGGAGUUGGAGGUUGCAAUGAGCUGAAAUCACGCACUGCACUCCAGCCUGGGUGACAGACUGAGGCUGCAUCUCAAAAAAAAAAAAAAAAAAAAAGGAAAAAGAAAAAGAAAGACAGACAGAAAAAAAGAAAACGAAGAUUAUACCAAGCUAUUGUAAAAGAUUAAACCAAAGGAAUUGGUUGGGGAGGGGGCAUUCUUUAUUUCUAAUAUGAUUUUUCUCUCUUUUUUACUUUGAGGACUGUCUAGUCCUUUGCUCCUAAAUUCCAUGUUUAAAAUAAAAUAAAUAUGGUCUUACUGGUUUAGAAGAUUCCAAGACAAUGAUUCGAAAGCUGAAGAGUCACUCACAGCUGCUGGGCAAGUUUUCCGAUGAACAUUGAAGAAAAAACAGCUAGUUUCUUUGCCUAACGAAAAACCAAACUCCUCAGUGUGGCAUGGUCUUCAAGCUGGUCUUAUAAACAUGACCUGUUUUUCCCAUCUUCUGUCUGUUGCUUUUCUUCCAUAACCUGUGGGGUCUGGAUUCACAGAGUACAAGAAGCUGUGU